GAAACAGAGGCCUUUUACUCUAGUCCACUGGGAGCGGCUCCUCCGCCUCCCGUUGUCCCCUUCACCAGUUCCCCUCGGCCUUCUCCCUCCACUCCACACGGCGUCGCUCGCCCCCGUGUUUCGCCGGCAGCGACGAUGAACGGAGGCGGCGGGCGGCGGCGGUACUCCUCCGAGCAGCUCCUCUUCGACGUGCCCGCCAAUGCCGGCGCCGGCCGGUGGGCGCCGCAGCAGCGCGGCGGGGUGCGGCGCGGGGAUGGGGAGAUCUUCGUGUCGGUGGAACCCACGACGCCGGCGCGGCUGCGCGGAGGGGACGCCGUGGCGGGGGACUCGCCGGGGCAGAGGCAGCAGCUCAGUCCCGGUCUGCUCGAUCUCCACGCUUUCGACACCGAGUUAAUCCCCGAUCUUCAAGUACCUGGGAUGUACGAUGGUGCCCAAAAGUUUGGCUAUGGAGGAGGUUUGGAUGAUUCAGAUAUGAGCUUCACAGCAAAUAAGCAGAUAAGCAAGUCUACCAUUUUCCCUCAAAAUAAUUACCUGACGGCCUUCCUUGAGAAUGCGAAGGCAGCACCUGUUGCGAAAAUCAAAGUGGUGGUGCGGAAAAGACCACUUAAUAAAAAGGAAAUAUCAAAAAAGGAAGAAGAUAUCAUAGACAUUGAACAAAGAUCAAACUCUCUGACUGUCCAUGAGACUAAACUUAAGGUUGAUCUUACUGAAUAUGUUGAAAAGCAUGAGUUUGUAUUUGAUGCUGUGUUAGAUGAAGAUGUUUCAAAUGAUGAGGUUUAUCGCGAAACAGUGGAACCUGUGGUUCCGGCAAUUUUUAAUCGAACGAAAGCAACUUGUUUUGCUUAUGGACAAACUGGUAGUGGAAAGACAUACACCAUGAGGCCCCUUCCUCUUAAGGCCUCUCAAGAUAUCCUGAGAUUAAUGCACCAUACAUACCGCAACCAAGGGUUUCAAUUAUUUGUCAGCUUUUUUGAGAUAUACGGUGGCAAAUUAUUCGACCUACUCAAUGAUAGGAGUAAACUUUGCAUGAGAGAGGAUGGAAAGCAAAAGGUUUGCAUCGUUGGUUUACAAGAGUAUAGAGUGUCUGAUGUUGAAACUAUCAAGGAGUUGAUUGAAAAAGGCAGUGCCACCAGAAGUACUGGUACGACUGGUGCAAACGAAGAGUCCUCAAGGUCUCAUGCCAUUCUCCAGCUUGCUAUUAAAAGACGUGUUGAUGGCAAUGACUCCAAACCACCCAGACCAGUCGGCAAGUUGUCCUUCAUUGAUCUUGCUGGCAGUGAGCGUGGUGCUGAUACAACUGAUAAUGAUAAACAAACAAGAAUCGAGGGUGCUGAGAUCAAUAAAAGUUUGCUUGCCUUGAAAGAAUGCAUUAGAGCUCUUGAUAAUGAUCAGACUCAUAUUCCUUUCCGUGGUAGCAAAUUAACAGAAGUUUUGCGUGAUUCAUUCAUUGGAGACUCACGCACUGUCAUGAUAUCAUGCAUUUCCCCUAGUUCUGGCUCUUGUGAGCAUACUCUGAACACAUUGAGAUAUGCUGACAGGGUGAAGAGUCUGUCAAAAGGAGGCAAUGCAAAGAAAGAUGUGCCUUCGGCAGUACCUUUAAGAGAAUCGAGUCCUUCCCCACUACCUUCAGUUGUGCCCUCUUUCUCUGGUUCUGAGAUGAUGAAUGAUAUCACUGAAAGAAGAGAUUUUGGUUGGCCAAAACAGCAGCAGUAUCUCAAAGAACAGCCAACUCCCACAUUUGCUGAUCGAAUGCCCAAGGUAAAGGAAGGGGUGGAGUUCAGAUCAUUAAAUGGUCUUUAUUUCAAGGAAAAAAAAAGCAAGGGUGGCACGGCACCAAACAUAGCUGAAGUACCAGAUAUAAUGUACCAGCAGGGAAUACAACCAGCAAGGAAAACCAAAGAUUCUGCUUUGGAUAAUAAUAUGGGAAAUUCCAUUGCUUACCCAGUCAGAAGAGCUGAGCCAGACGAAGAAGAUGAGCAUCUAAAUGAUCUCCUCCAGGAAGAGGAGGAUUUGGUUAGCGCUCAUAGAAAGCAGGUCGAAGAGACUCUGGCCAUCCUAACAGAGGAAUUGAACAUAAUAGGGGAAGCGGAUCAGCCUGGUAACCAACUAGAUGAUUACAUUGCAAGACUAAGCAGUAUACUAUCGCAGAAGGCUGCUGGAAUUGUGGACUUACAAUCUCGGUUGGAGCAAUUCCAGAGGCGUCUGAAUGAGAACAGCGUGCUAAUAUAUGCACAGUGCCCUUGAUUGUAGAUACUUCACAUUCAUCCGCUACUGUGAUUCCUCCCUCUGAGAUGGACAGGUGGGCACCUAUCGGUGUUUGCCAUACUGCUGCAGUCCUAAAACCUCAGGCGCGUUGCCAGCAGAAGUGCAGACCUAGAUGGCUGGUUUUACUUCUUGCCAUGAUGGUUCCCUGGUUCUUGGCAUGACCGGUUCCGUGACCUGUUUUGUACUAGAGUUUGUGCCAUCCUUGUGUUUGUGCGCUCUAUCCAUGUGUAUAUCUGCACGUCACAUUAGUACCUGCUGUUUGUUACUCAACAAAUACCUCUUUUUUCCCUGCUGUAUGAAGAAUUCCAGUGUUAUCAGUUUCUAUCAUCUGUUUACGCAUACCAUUUGUCUGGCUACCUUGUUUCCUUAUCUGUCGAUGUUUAUUGUGUGA